AUGGCGUCGAGUUCCAAGCAACAUCCAAAGGGCAUUCUCAAGAAGCCCAAGUCCAUCCAAGAGCGGAACGCCGACCCCAAAGAGAUCGCUCUCGCACAUGCCAAUAUCAUCCAGCAUCGCAAAGAGCUUGAAGCAGAAAUUCUCGAUAGCUUGAUCAUCCUCUCCGAAUAUCCCCAUGUACGCGAACCUCCCUAUAACGCCUCGAAUCCUGCUUUGUCCGACAUAGCCGAUUUCAAAAAACAUGUUCGCCUAUUUCAGCCCUCGGACUACGACGACCUCAUCAUUGAGCGCAAUGUGAAUGAUCUUUGUGGUUACACUCUCUGUGCUCGACCACGACGGAAUAUGGGACCUGGCGGUCAAUGGAAGAUUGCUUCUAACGGAAUCAUGAAGCGUGAGGACCUUGAAAAGUGGUGCUCGCAGCAGUGUGCACGUCGCGCACUCUAUGUCAAGGUUCAGCUUAAUGAGACAGCCGCCUGGGAACGUGCAGGCAUCCCGGAUAUCGAAAUCGAUUUGUUUGAUGAGGACAAGUCCAAGGAAACAGACGUUGAUCGAGCUGCUCGAGAAUUGGGCAACCUCAAGCUGGAGGAGCAGAGACAAGCAGCUCGUGAUACUGCAGCUCUUGCCCUUGAACGAGGCGAACCUGAUGCAUCCAAGAGCAAGAGCAAGAAGAUCAACAUUACGCUCAAGGAGAAGGAUGCGAAGGCACCUUCUGCAGUUCCCGGCAAACCUGAGGUCUACGACGACGAACACUUGCUUGUCGAAGGCUACAAAACGAAACUCAAACUGGAGGACAAGGGAAAAUAA